UUGUGGUGGAGUCGACCAAUCAGAGCUCGCGGUUCGAGUAAAUGGACACUUAGCGUCGGGGCUCCGGCUCCCUGGAGGUAUUGACCUGCUAUUUGGUCUACAGCAACAAAGAAAUCACCGCUACAUUGCUGAAACACAUCUAACGGCGCUGGAAUACGUUACUUUGUCCUCGCUUCCUUUUACUUCGCAGAGAAAUGCUCAGAGAAAAGUGUCGUUUGGCGGCCAGUUGAAUUUCUGUUCGGAGCAGCAGCAGCUUUGUCUUUCUGAAGACAUUUGUGGCAUGAAACCAGAUCACACCCAUUUUUCAUUCAUCACCUCCUCCUUCAUCUCCCUCCACUCCCCAGUUAUGAACUCUCACCUGUGUUCUGCCACAUUGAUGAGGUAACGUCAAGCUCUGCGCAGCGCAGCACUCACCUGCACAAACACCACCCUCCCCCCUCCUCCUGCCAACCCUUUCAUCGCAGCCAUGGGCCAGAAGAUUUCUGGCAGCAUUAAAUCAGUAGAUGGUCGCAGUGAAAGUGGUAGCUCUCCAUCCUACCGGCCCUUGCCUCAUCGCCGGCCCCACCCAGAACUGAGGGGCCCUGAUUUCUCUAAGCCUCCGAGGCUAGAUCUUCUACUGGACAUGCCAUGUGCUGGACUAGAGACCCAGCUUCGUCACGCAUGGAACCCCGAUGACCGCUCACUCAACAUCUUCAUCAAAGAGGAUGAUAAGUUGACAUUUCAUCGCCACCCAGUUGCCCAAAGCACAGACUGCAUUCGAGGCCGUGUUGGAUACACAAGGGGUCUUCAUGUGUGGAAGAUCCAUUGGCCUGCCCGGCAGCGAGGCACCCAUGCCGUGGUUGGAGUGGCAACGUCAGAAGCGCCAUUACAUUCUGUUGGGUACACAGCAUUGGUAGGGUCAGACUGUGAGUCCUGGGGCUGGGAUCUGGGAAGGAACCGGCUCUACCAUGACAGUAAGAACCGGGCCCACAGCUCGAUGCCUUCUUACCCUUGUUCCCUGGAGCCAGAGGAGCCAUUCACCCUGUCGGACUGUCUGCUAGUGAUUCUGGACAUGGACGAAGGGACGCUGAGCUUCAUGGUGGACGGACAGUAUCUAGGAGUGGCAUUUAGAGGGCUGAAGGGCAAGAAGCUGUAUCCCAUUGUCAGUGCUGUGUGGGGACAUUGUGAGAUAUCAAUGAAGUACAUCAACGGCUUGGAUCCUGAGCCUCUUCCUCUGAUGGACCUGUGUCGGCGUGCGGCGCGCCUGGCGAUGGGUCGUGAGCGGCUUCAAGAGAUAGAGAGUCUCCCUCUGCCUCAGUCCCUUAAAAAUUACCUCCAGUACCAGUGACUGACACCAACGGAGCCAACAAGGACACAAAACCAGACCACCAGAAGGUCUAAAGAUGGGUGGAUGAAAGAAAUGAAUUAAAAGUUGCAAAAAAGGGGAUGAUGGGUGGAAGGAUGUCCAAACUGAGAGCACCAGCGCUCAACCAAAGAUGGAUGUAAAGGAGGACAUAUAGACAGAUGGUGGAUAAACUGACAGAAGACGUCCAGGCUUUCAAACAAAGGACAGGGCAGCACCAGCUUGUUUUGGAUGUUGAGCUGCUUUUUCCAUUAGUUUUGGACUUGAAAUAAAUUAUUGAUGAUGGUAUCCUAUCAAGGUUUCACUCAUCCUGAAAGAAAGCCCAUCCUUUGAUGGCACAUUGUGGUUAAGUGGUGAAAGAGACAGUGGUAAGACGACUGCUGCCACCUAGUGAUGGGAAUCCAAACUGCGCAGAGAAAGCACACUAAUCCUGCAGUAUCCCUGGAGGCCUUUCUGACAUAACACCGCAUCACUGCUGUUGGAUACUGUAAUGUGUGUUCAUGGCCUCCACUGGCACAGGUGACAGGCUGCAGAGCCCAGAUGGCCACGAGGAUUUUAGCACCAAUGUUGUUUUUGUCUGAUGACUCAGGGCCCGACCAAAAGCUCCCUCUGCAUACAAGGUAGAUCAAAGCGUGACUACCGCAACGGCUCCUGGCUUUGUGCAGACAUUUGCUGAGAGUUAAGCCCUUUUCAGACAUGCUACAUGGCUGGCUUCACCUACUGGAUGAAGUAAGCUUUUGAUCAUUCAGACUGGAUGUCUGGUACCGUUUGUUUUGGCUUUAUUUGCAAUGCCUGCAAAGUUUUUGGCAGCUGAUGUAGCAGUGAGAUAAAGAAUAGUGAUAUAAAAGGAAAGAACGCCGUCUGUUUUCUCCCAGGCUUCAUCAGUGAUAGAUUUAAAAUUUAUUUUACUGCUUCAGUCUCAUUUAAUGACCACUGUCUCUCAUCAGUUUAAUUAUUUUAUCUUAUUUUAUUAUAAUUAUUUAAUUCUGCUAGUUUUUUUACUGUAAUGUCUGGACAGCGCACAAGUGCAGGAUGUUAUUAGGACUCUCAUUUGCUUAGUUUAAACAUUAUAAUAUACAGCAUAUUCAUUUUAUCUAUGCAGUUGAAUUAAACCUGAAAAAUCAAUGGAGACCUGAUUGUUGUUCCUGUAUGAUAUAUUUUUUUUAACAACAAUUUUUAGAAUCUAAUCUGACGUGAGAAUAACCUGCUGAUCUACCCUCUUCUAAAAACUCGGCUUCAAAUCUUAAACUAUUUCUCUGUAACAUUAAAUCAUGAUGUAAUACACACCGGAGUUUUAAAAAGCAUGUUUUAGGUAUUAUUUAAGAUUUUAACACUGAUAAAUUGAGCAGAUCUACAGUACUUUGUCCAGACUGUGGUUUGAUCCAACUGUCGUCAUGACCUUUUACAUUCAGUAAGGAGCUGCAUGUCUGAAACGGGCUUUAUUAGAGAAACAGGACAAAACUUGUUCUUUAAAGGAAGUUGCAGUGAGAACACUAUAUUACGUACAGUAUUAUGAUGUCAGUUACAAGCCGAGUAUUCCAUACUAAGCCGUAGAGUUCAGCAAUGUCUCUGUAGGAGCUGAGAGUCGCGGCCCGCCACAGUGUGACUAGUGCUUGGCAGUAAGAGGAGCCUCACCUGCUGCUGUUUGUAGCACCCUGCUGUAGCUCACUGGCACCAGACAGCAUCUGUCUGCUCUCCGCACAACUGUCUUAAUGACCGCAAAGAAGAAACAGGACCAGAGUAGAUCUAGUCUUACUGGAGCAGGACAUACAGUAGGAGGGUUACUGCUGCUGCGGCAGUAUGGCCAGUGUGGUUUUGUCUCAGAAAAGGAUGCAGAUGUCCAGUUCACACACCACACGCACUGUAGACCAAUCAUGUUUUCUUUCUUAAAAAGGCUUGAGUCACUUUUUUUUUUUUACGUCUGAGUUUAUAUCAUACAUUAUUAUUAUUAUUAUUUUAUUAUUAUUAUUAUUGUGAGUGUGGAGUCUGAUUCUGAUGAUGGUUCUAAUUUUUUUAAUCACAAGCUUGUUCUGUUUAAGUUAUCAUUGAUGGUUAUAUUCAGGUAAAUUUAAUACAAAGAAGGGGAGAAAAAUCAACAUUUGUUUCUUCAAUGCUGCUUUAUCUUUAUUAUAUUAGUAUUGUUAGUGAUGGUCUUGCCUCUUGUUUCCAUCAGGACAAAAGUAGUAGAAUGUGUGAACAGACAGAGCUGAGACGUCAACACGUAUAAAAUGUGAAUAAAA